AUGCUGCGAUUCCUCAGUGCCCUCGUUCUCGUUCGAGUUGUGCUUGCAUCGCCAGCCGCUCUUACCAAUGUGCUCGAGACGGCUAUUGUCCCUCAAGACUGGAAGUUGAUCGGCCCGGCGGAAGGAUCAUUAUACGUGCAGCUCUCGGUGGCACUCGCUCAACCUGGCCUGGGCGAGCUCAAAAAGCGUCUUGCCGAUACGAGCAACAUCAAAAAUUCCGAGUUUGGCAAGCACCUGACAAAACUCCAAGUUGAACAAUACUCGAGCCCUCGUGAUGACACUGUCAGUUCCGUCGUUGGGUGGUUGACUGGGUCCAAUGUUGAGGAAAUCCGUGCCGAGUCAGCAUGGGUGCAUUUUGCAGGGCCUGUUGAGACGAUGAAUGAAAUACUCAAAUGCGAGUUCAAUCAAUACGUAUCGCCCAGCGGGAAUUUGGUUCUAAGGGCGCUGGAGUACAGCAUCCCAAAUCACCUCGCAGGGGACAUUCAGUUCAUAUACCCAACUACCCAAUUUGUCGAGGCCAGCAAAGUCAAACCAGUGCAGGAGCUCGCGACUCAGGACCUGAUACGCCGACAGGCUCAGAGCACUCCCUCUUGCCAUGAUUAUGUUACGCCCGACUGUCUGGUCGAUCUUUACAACAUCACAUAUAUCCCCCCUGACGCCUUGUCGGGCAGCACACUAGGUAUAGCUGGAUUCCUCGAAGAGUAUCCUACCCAAGCCGGCAUGCACCAAUUUCUCCAGGAUCACAGCCCAAGACGCAACGCCUCCGGCUACAGCGCCGAUUACAACUUUACAAUUACCUCGGUCAAUGGAGGGAACACAACCGAUACGGGAUCUGGUGGAGAAGCCAUGCUUGACACCUUCUACACUCUGCCUUUCACACAGCCUUUACCCGUUGCUUAUCUCUCGACGGGUGGAAGAGGCCCCUAUAUCGGGCCCGAUGGAUCCAACAUGACCGAUAGUCCGUCCAAUGUUAACGAACCAUGGAUCGAGUUCUUGGAGUAUCUGUUGGCCUUGGAUGAUGAUACGCUGCCCAAGGUCUUGUCCAUAAGCUACACCGACGACGAGCAGUCCACCCCAAAGCCCUUCGCUUUCAAAAUCUGUGACAUGUUUAUGCAGCUCGGCGCUCGAGGCGUCUCGGUGCUUGUUGCAUCGGGUGAUGGAGGUGCUGAUGGAAACGGCCAGAACUUGCAGUGCGCCGCCAAUGACGGCCCACUGAAGGGCCAAAAUCGCUUUCUCUCGACAUUCCCUGCUUCUUGUCCGUAUGUAACAUCGAUUGGCGCGACAGCAUUGUACGUGCCCUUCGAGCCGACGUCAUGGUCUAGUGGCGGUUUUUCCGAGUACUUCGAAACGCCGGAGUGGCAGAAGAAUUUCACACAACAGUAUAUCAACAACAUUGGUGAUCAGCACGCAGGAUGGUAUAACGCAAGUGGUCGGGGUGUUCCUGACUUGACAUUGGUAGGAGUCCGUUACUUGAUUGGCGGCUCCGGAAGAUCAGCCUAUACGGCAAAGGGCACGAGUGCCAGCACGCCGGUGUGGGCUUCCAUGAUCACCCUCAUUAACGACCACCGGCUUCGGGCUGGGAAGCCAACACUGGGCUGGCUCAACCCACUUCUCUACACAGAUGAGGUUCGUAGUACUCUAGUGGACCUUACCUCUGGCAGAACAGGCGGUUGUACGUAUGGAGAUGGGCAAGUUGAAACUGGAUGGGAUGCCCUCAAUGGAUGGGACCCUGCCACUGGCUUAGGCGCACCAAACUUUAAGAAAUUGUUAGAACUUCUAGGCUAG